CUUCUUAGACUCUCUUCACCUCGUCGGCUCUCUCUCUCUCUCUCUCUCUCUCUCUCUCUUCGUCAAACUCUAAAACCAACCAUACUUUUCAUAGAGAGGCUGAUUCCAUUUCGUGUUGUUCUCCAGUGAGAGACAGAGACAGAGACUGAUUCGAUUCCAUCCGAUUCGAUUCGAUUCGAUUCGAUUCCAUGGACGAGAACUCCGAUGUCAUAGCUCAGAUUCUCAAAGAGCAGGAGGAAGAGGAGAGGCAAAUCAAACAGUCCUCCAACCGCAACGACAACAAGGAGAAUUCCGGAUGGCAGACUGUCUCCUAUCCCAAGCGCCACAAGAAGCAAUUGAAAUCUCAGCAGCAGGAGAUCUCCAGCUCCGCUUCCAGCCCCAACGGCGCCGCCUUCAAUGGUCCUCACAUUUUCCAGUCGAUCGAGCUGCAGUACGAGGACCGGAUCCGGAGAGCUCGUGAGGCUCAGGCGGCUGCUGCUUCCGCUGCUGCGGUUACUGAUCUUGCCGGCAGAUCGAGAUCGAAGCGCCAUUCUGAUGAUGAUGACGAUGAGGACGACAACGACUCUGACGCUACUGCCGCUGUUGAGAAUGGCGGCGGGCAGGUGAAGAAGGUAAAGCCCAAGAAGCCUAAGAAGCCCAAGGUGACUGUCGCUGAGGCAGCUGCCAAGAUCGACGCCGCUGAUCUGAGUGCGUUCCUCGCUGAUAUCACGGUGUCGUACGAAUCGCAGCAGGACAUACAGCUCAUGCGAUUUGCUGAUUACUUCGGCCGCGCAUUUGCAUCGGUUGGUGCUGCGCAAUUCCCUUGGUUGAAGAUAUUCAAGGAGUCUCCCGUGGCAAAAUUGGUCGACAUUCCGAUCUGUCAUAUAUCGCAGGAUGUCUAUAAGGCAUCUGUUGAUUGGCUAAACCAGAGAUCCCUGGAGGCACUUGGGUCCUUUGUUCUAUGGUCAAUGGACACCAUUGUUGCCGACUUAACUAGCCAUCUUGGAACUGCUUCAAAGGUAUCCAAGAAGGUGGUCCAGCCGGUAUCAUCAAAGUCUCAGGUUGGCAUAUUUGUGGCCUUGGCUAUGGUGCUGCGAAGAAAACCGGAUGCAUUGGUUAGUGUAAUUUCGCAACUAAAGGAAAAUCCAAGAUAUCAGGGACAAGAUAAGCUUCCAAUCACUGUAUGGGUGAUUUCUCAGGCCUCUCAAGGAGAUCUGUCUGUGGGUUUAUACAUGUGGGCUCGUCUCCUCCUGCCAUUGGUAAAUGGCAAGAGCUGCAAUCCACAGUCCAGAGACUUAAUUUUGCAGUUGGUGGAGAGAAUUUUGUCUUCCCCAAAAGCUCGUCCUAUACUAUUGAAUGGAGCUGUGAGAAAGGGAGAGCGCCUGGUGCCACCAUCGGCUUUUGAGAUUUUGAUGAGAGUCACUUUCCCAGCACCUUCAGCCCGACUUAAGGCUACUGAGAGAUUUGAAGCAGUUUAUCCGACUUUGAGAGAAGUUGCACUCGCUGGCACUUCUGGGAGCAAAGCACUGAAACAAGUCGCUGUGCAGAUGUCAAAUUUUGCAAUCAAAGCUGCUGGAGAAGGUAUCUCUGAUUUAUGCAAUGAAGCAAGUAGUGUCUUCAUAUGGUGCUUGACUCAAAACAGUGAAUGCUACAAGCUCUGGGACAAACUUUACAUGGAUAAUCUCGAGGCCAGUGUCGUCAUUCUGAAACAACUGUCUGAGGAAUGGAAAGUUCACUCGGUUAAGCAUUAUACUCUUGACCCUGUGAGGGAAACCCUGAAGGCUUUCAGACAGAAGAAUGAGACAGCCUUGCCAAAGGAAGAGGAUACUGCUCGCAGAGCCUUGCUGAAGGACGCUGACAAAUACUGCAAAGUUAUCCUGGGUAAAAUUUCAAAGGGCCAUGGGUGUAUGAAGUUUGCAGUUUUAGCAUCCAUUCUUGCCAUCGGGGCUGCCAUAGCCUCCCAAAACAUGGAAGAUUGGGACUUGAAGAAACUCUCCGAACUAUUCAACAUCCCUCAGAACUUCUGAGUUAUUAUUUGGGGAGAGUUUUAAAGAGCAAACACAUAAAUGGUGUUAGCUUAUAAUAUACCCAUGAAAGUGCGAUUGAGUUUAGUUAUGAGGAGGCUUCAUCAAGCUUUGUAAGAACGCCCAUUGACAAACAAGGAUGGGCCGAGUAUGAGUUUUUACUUUGAAGUUUGUUAGAAGUAAGGGAAUGAAGUAGCUAGCUAGGGGAUCAAGGGUGGCGGUGGCUGUGGCAGCGGCCAAAUCCUGUUGGCUGACAUUUCCCCAAAAUGUUGAGUUAUCAAAAAGCAUUGAGGGCUUCUUUUGCCCGGACUGGAUUGGCGGAUGGGGUCCCAUUGCUAGGAAAAAGAAAAAAUUAUUAACUUUACGGGGAAUUUUUCCAAGGUACUUUUGAUAUGAUCUUUGUUUCCAUAGCACAUUCACAAAAUAAAGUGGGCGUUUGCUACUAAUUUAUGCUUGA